GUCCUACUAUGGCGUGACCCAUGCUUGUUGCGUUUGAAGGAACGUUCGCGGUUCACUGGGACCACCUCUCACACCGCCCGACAAUCGUCAUGUCGUCGAAUUGCCUAGCUGUGUUGUUGAAAUCACAUCUCGGUCAAUGUUGCCGUCUAUGUCCCGCGACGCACACGUUAUCACAUCGCAUCACAGCCGCGCUCCUCCACUGAUCGGACUGGACAAGUUCAGCCGACUUCAACCCUGGGCCAACCACGUAGUCAACGUCGAACGCACCCUCACGAUCUCUAUUGAAGAAAGAUCGUUUCGCUACUCUCUUGCGGGUAUUAUUUAUCAUGGUGCCAACCACUUCACCUGCCGAUUUUUUGACUCCGCAGGCACAUCGUGGUAUCAUGAUGGAGCAGACGCUGGCCGGGAAUGUAUCUACCGACUCGCUCGGUUGGAUGACCACAUCUCCCUUGCACGCUCAAGCUAUAAGGUCCACAAUCCCUUCGGCUUUUAACACCGCUAGCGCGGCCGUCGCUUACGAGUCUCAGGUUCGGCAACGUGUGGUCAAUGCGGUGCCACCUUUCUCUGGGCUUGUGGAUAUGGAUGCCGUGGUAUUUCAAUGGGUUUUCUUCUAGCGUCCUCGAGCUGAGAGACAUCGUAAUAUUAUCAGGCGCCGU